GGAAGAAAAAAAAAAACUGCAGUGUGUGUAGUUUGUAUCCCUCCCCUGAGCAGAUCUUUAUCAAUUUGUGUACUCCAGUCUUGGGGUGCAUUUGAAUGUGUGUGUGUGUGUGUGUAUAUGUGGCAGAGUUUACAGGAGGACAGAGUAAAGUGUCUCGGCGCCUGUGGAGAAGGGGAAGAGCUUGGUGUCCUGAGGAGAGCAACCUGCACAAAAGGGUUUCUGACUGACAAGAUUUUCACAGUGAUUAGCCUACAUCCAACCACUUUUCAAGAAAUCAAGAUUUGGCUGGACUGUGUGUGCAGCCUAAAUGACGAAGUGGAACUUGUUCAGGGAUCAGACAACGCCCAUGGUCGCUGCUAACCCAACGGGGGCUAGUGCCUUGACUGUGACUCCAGCCCCUGUCGCAUUAGUCUCUACUGACAACUCCACCGAACCGGUCAACAAGAACGAUGCCUUUGACGAGAUCAAAAACAAGUUCCUAAAUGAAAUCGACAAGAUUCCACUGCCGUCCUGGGCCAUCAUUGCCAUUGCCGUGGUCGCUGCUUUACUCAUUCUAACGUGCUGCUUCUGCAUCAUCAAGAAAUGCUGUUGCAAGAAGAAGAAGAACAAGAAGGGCAAGAAGGGGAAGGGUGACAUGGGAAUGAAGAACCUGAAAGGGGGAGAGAAACAACAGGAUGAUGACGAUGAAGAAGAUGACGUCGAACCUGGACUGACUGGAGACGAGAAGGAGGAAGAAGUGAAGGAGAAAGAAAAGCUCGGGAAGUUGCAGUACUCCAUUGAUUAUGACUUCCAGGAGAACAAGCUGACUGUGGGAAUCCUGCAAGCAGCUGAUCUCCUCUCCAUGGACAGCGGUGGCACCUCUGACCCUUACGUCAAAGUCUUCGUCCUCCCUGACAAGAAGAAGAAGUACGACACAAAGGUUCACAAGAAAACGCUCAAUCCUGUCUUCAACGAGACCUUCACGUUCAAGAUUCCAUUCCAAGAGAUGGGAGGGAAGUCUCUGGUAAUGUCAGUCUAUGACUUUGAUCGCUUCUCUAAACAUGAUGUCAUUGGAGAGAUUAAAAUACCCAUGAACACCCUUGACCUGGCAAAGCCAAUUGAAGAGUGGAGAGACCUGGACAGCGCAGAUCAGGAAGAGCCGGAGAAGCUGGGUGACAUUUGCAUCUCUCUGCGUUACGUCCCCACUGCUGGCAAACUUACCAUCUGUAUUCUGGAGGCCAAGAACCUGAAGAAAAUGGACGUGGGUGGACUGUCAGAUCCAUAUGUGAAAAUUAACCUGCUGCAGAAUGGAAAGAGGCUGAAGAAGAAGAAGACGACAGUGAAGAAGAACACUUUGAAUCCGUACUACAAUGAGUCCUUCAGCUUUGAGAUUCCUCUCGAGCAAAUGCAGAAAAUCGUAGCUGUGAUCACAGUGCUGGAUUAUGACAAGAUUGGCAAGAACGAUGCCAUUGGGAAGAUCUUGGUGGGAAGCAAGUCCACGGGGGCCGGGCUGAAACACUGGUCCGACAUGCUGGCCAACCCCCGCCGCCCUAUCGCCCAGUGGCAUCCACUGCAGCCAGAAGAGGAGGUGGAUGCCGCCCUCGCAGCCCUGAAUGCCAAGAAGUAAACACAUCGUCACCCACCUCCACCAUACCUACCCAUGCAUUACCCAUCCUUUCCCCCCAGGUCCCACAUAUCAGUGUAUAUUCCAGAAGAACACCCCAACUGUACAUCUGCUCCCUUUCAAAAAAAAACAAAAAACACCCCACCCCCUCCUCCUCCUCUCCCGCUGCCACCUUUCAAAAGAUCCAUAGAUACCAUUCAACAUGAUGGGAAAUAUAGUUGAAAAGCAAGCAUCAUGUUAUAUGAAAAUCAUGUCAUUGAAAAAAGAAGACACGUUACUGGAUGGACAGAUACUCCGUUGAUUUCCUUUAGAUCUAUUUUUGUAUUGGGGUUGUGGUUCCAUUAAUAAGAAUACACAGUAGACUGCGAAGAACAGUAAGAGUGCUAUUUGGGAAUCUGGUGAUAGAGGGGAUAAAACAUAUAUUCUCUCAUAUUGUACUUCUCACCCCUUCCCUUUAGUGACACAGUUUGCUUAGAAUAGUGCUUAAUAAUAAAAUGCUUUAUACUGCCAUAUGAUAGAGAAAUAACACAAGCAGGUCCAUUCCUUAGGUGUAUUGUGCACCAUGUUCCACACCUGCCAGUUAUCAUACCAGAUGAUUCUGUUAGUUUGAUGUACAUUCCUAGAGUUGGGUAGCAAGUAGGGAUAGGCACAUAUCCAGUUGCCCACAAACGCACUGCCUUUUUUUUGAUUAGUUAACCUUUCACCCAUCGUCUCAGGAAAACUGAGAGGAAACUGAAACUCCAUGCCUUUUUUUCUAAACGGGUUCUUAUUAUUCAAUUGCUCCACUCGAUGAGAAUGAAAUGUUGGAUUCAGAAGCUUGAGCGCUUGUUUUUUUCGGUGACGUAAGGCUCGCGACUAGCGAUAGUUUCGUUUAUCCAUGAAAUGGUAAGUUAGGAAACAGGGAGUGGUGGAUUUUUAGUAACAAAAAAAAAAAAAAGGGUAUGUGUCUAUUUUUGACUGUGCAAAAAGGGCCGUGUCUGUCAUUUGAAUAACAAAAGGCAAGAAAAUAUCAGAGUGGGUACAACAGAGACUGAUUCCAACCACCAAUGACAUGAUAUUUACAAGGUGUCGAUUACUGCCUGCAGUCCACCACCUCCCCUCCCAACGCCUCUGAUUCUGUAUCUCACUUGUUCAGUGCUACUGCCAUUAGUCAUGGACUUGACACAAGGGUUUUACUUCAAAGGAACCCCUAUAACCGUCUUACAGUCAUAAAGGAGACAAGCCUUCAAAGUAACAAAAUAAGCAAUUUUCAACUACCAGGGACGCCUUCCAGUUAGCGGUGUUGUUCUCUUCAUUUCUUUAUUAUUAUUUUUUUCUAUCUCUUUUUACUUUGAUUUAUCCAGUUGUAUUUAUUUUAUUUAACUUAAAAUACUUUUAUUCCUCAAGCACUUUAAAUCCAAAUGUUAUGUUUAAGUACCCUCAGAAAACCAGAGCUUUAAUGAUUUACGCUAGUAAUGACUGCUGGUUUUAAGACGGAAAAAAAGGUGCAAGGGAGUGCAUUGUGUAUGCAGUUUAUUUGUCGUUGCUUUGUUUCCGCUCAGCUUUUCGUGUAUGUGUUUUUAUUGUUUGAAUAUUAGGUUUCUCACUUGAUUGCAAGGAUAUGGUCUGGAAGAAGGCACUGAUCUGUGUGUAUUUUAUACACAGCUUACCAAACUGUUGAAUUUAAUUGCACUACUGGGUAUUGUUCUGCUGUCUGGUGAUUUGACACUGUUCUUUGAUCUGUGUAGUUUUUUUUUUUUUUCUUUUUAUGAUAAAAUGUUGUGAGAUUGAAUUUUUCUGUGGCACAUGUGGCAUGCCAGACAGGUCUGAUUAUAUAAAUGGACUCCUCUAAAAAGAAAAGAGACACAUUACAAUCUAAUGCUGCUCCCUGGCUCCUUCACAGAAUGUAAUUGGUUCAGUGUAGAUUACUAUUCUGUUCAAGAGGAAUUUUGAGGACGAACUUUGACAAAAUCCAAACCGUUGUCUGACCAACACUCCUCUGCCCUGAAUAAAUUGGUGAAUGCUUAAUUGUUAAUUUAAAUCCUGAUAUACAUCAGGUAUUUGGGCCCAGGUACACUUGCUUGCAGGUCUGGUUAUUAGUUCAAAUCAGUGCUGUCUGCACCAACAGCAAAAACUACCCGUUGACUGUGUGCAAAAAAAAAAUAAUAUAUAAAGUCAAUGUAAAUCAGAUGUAGACAGUACCACAGCAUUCUGGGAAUUUGAUUUAAUGAAUGCUCUUGUAUCUUUCCCUGUUGGAAAUGCGCUUUAUUUAUUUUUUUAUAACCAUGUUCAGUUUUCAGUUUUUCAUCUCACAUAAUCUUUUUCCUCUGUUGAUGAAGCAACGCUAAAGAAAAGGCAACAUGGAAGCAAUCAAGCAACCCAUUGGUGUGUAGUUUUGCCUAUAUACAUAGUUCACGUUGAUACUGCAUGUUUAUACAAAAUACUGUACAUAGGAGCAUGUUUUAGAGACAAAGCAAAAAUAUCUCGUGUACGUAAGUGGGUGUCAUUUGUCAUUUUAAUAACACAAACGAAGGGGGAAAAAAAAGAUGCACUGUAUAUUUUCUAAAUGAAACAAAUGUGUAUUUAUUUUCCAUGAGGGUCAUUGGAGAGAAUGUCAUACAAAUAUUAGAGUACCAUUACUAAUAAGAACCUUUCCACGCCUGAAACUCUUAAGCAAGUGUGUCGUCCAGUACUGUGUGUGAGUUCAUGUAGGAUGAAAAUGUAUCCGCAUGCUUGCUAUAUAAUUCCUUGUGAUCAAAAUUUUGAUUUGAUAUAAUUUAUCUGCCAUACAUUUUGUUUCAGCACUUAUCUGAAGGCCAAUGUUUGACACAUUUCUGGAUUUUAUUGCUAUUGCUAUUGCUUAUUGCUUCUUCUUUUUUUCUUUUUCCUUUUUUUUUUUAAACAAAACAAAAUAUGUUUCAAUUGUUUAAUGUUUGGGAUGGGGGGGGUCUCCAAGUCUAUAAGAUGAAUAUUUUCUAAUAACAGAUUUGGCACUGUGUUAUUCUGAAAUAACUCAUUAGAGGAAGAUCCAAUCAUUCUGCAAAUCUGUAGGUGGAUUGUAGGAGUUGUUAUUUGUGCCAGUAGGGAAGUCUGUUGGAUCACGUCUUUGUAUGAAAUGCAUUUCCAGGAGCCAAAAGAUGAAUAAUCCCAUUCCAGUGUACACCAAUGACUUGGAAUCCCUUCUUCUCUCCUUCUUUCUUCUUGGAAGUUUUUAUUUUUCACUUCUACAGUACUUAAAUGACCUGAAACCCUUCACGGCUGUGUCUCUUUUACUGUGUUUAUUAUACGAUACGUGUAUGUGUAUACAAGAUAAGUGAAUAAGAUAAAACUAAAGCCAUAAAACUCAAGCACUAACUCUUUAGAGCUCAGCUGAGUAGAGUGUAUUUAUGAAGAAAAAAAAAUCCGACAUGUCUUCAUUUUCCUCGGCCAGUGUUUCUCUCUUUUACAUUCCGUUCAGAGGUCUUUGUUCAUCAGGAGGGCAAAAUCCACUUUUCUGUACAUGUGAGCUUUGAGAACACUUGUGAGUUUAGUAGAGUGAGUGUGUCUUUUUCUACUUUCAGAGCUGUUGAUGUCCUUGUUUCAUAGAGGUAGCUGAUUUUACAGUAUUGUGAUUAGUAAUGUAUAUGCCUUGUUUUGAUAGUAUAAAUAAUACCGGUAGAUAUAAUAUCACAAUAGGUUCUCCAUAAAAUUAUAUGCUAAAAUUAUAUAUAUAUAUAUAUACAUGAGAGUGUGUUCUUGUCUUGGGCUGAGUGCAAUUUAUGAACCAAACUGGGUCACUUCUCCAGUUUCUCUUCUUCCGGUUUAGCAGCAGAAUGUACUCAUGACCACAUGUACAAUCAAUAACACACUGCUGGUGAUGUGCGGCUCAUGCUGAUGGUUUUUGUUGGUUUGUUUAGCAUGUUGCUCGAGCAACAAAAGAAUAUAGUUAGAGAUCUAACCAUUUGAAAGCAAAAAGAGAGAAACUUGUGUGUGGCAUCCACGUUGUAGGCCUGAAUCCCUCCCAUAGAACUAUGCAUAGAGUUAUGAUUUUCACAAUACACAUGGCAGAAAGUAUAUGAAUAUAAUAUAGAAAUACGUAUGUCAUGCACAAUAUGCGAUAAUGGGAGUAGUUUCCAAAUGUGGCUUUCUUGCCAAGAAUCUUAUAUCUGUGCUGGAGCCAGGAGACGGUUAGCUUAGCAUAAAGACUGGAAACAGGGGGAUAAGAGUGGCAUCGGUCUUCUCAUCUAACUCUUGGCAAGAAAGCGAAUAUGCCUAUUUCCCAAAAAAAAAAAAUCUUUUUAAGUUUACCUUAAAAAAAUGUCUCUGAAGUAAACGGUAAACUGCCAUUUAUCUAUUUCCCGGCAACAAUCUUCAAUGUGCUGUGCAACGCCCACACGUUGCCUAAUGCAAUAUUAUAUUUCUUCGCUGUCCCUUUACUGUUACUGACUGUGACCAAAUGAUGCACUAAGAACAAUUCAAAUACAGGAUUUCAGUGUGUUUCACAAAAUACUGCCAUUACCUGGCUGCAGUUGCCUGCGUUCGUCAACACUGUUUGCAUCUUCAAAGCCAAAAUAACAAUUCUUGCAGAGGCAAACAGAACACAUCAGAUGAUGAGGCAAAUGUGAUUACAGGUUAAUUUAUAGCACAUAUGAAAGAUUUAUUUAUUUAUUUAUUUAUAUAUUUCCUUUUUCUGCUUGGGUCACCACAGUUACAUUAUAUCGAAGUUCUAUGGGGGACAGAGACUGGGAGCUGUGUGUGCUUGUGUAUGUGGGAUAAAUGGAUGAAGUGUAGGCCCUUCAGCAGACAUGCUGCAAAAACACAGCACUAGAAUAUAUAAAUACAGUAUACAGUACAGGUCUGCAUACCUGGGACACAUAACUCAUUAUUAAAUGUUCAUCUUGUGUGUGUGUGUGUGUGUGUGUGUGUGUGUGUGUGUGUGUGUGUGUGUAGGACCGUAAUACUCAAACAACCUUAGUUCUAUUUGAAAUAUGGAGGUUAUUCUGUUCUGAUAGCCGUGUAGAUGUAAAAUACCUUAUGCACAACUGUAUCUGAAACUGUGGGCUGUUUCAGCUGUGCAAAGACAGUUUUAGAGCACCGUUCACACAACUAGUUGGUCUUUUUAUUUUCUUCUUUUUUUUUUUUGAACAAACGCUGGGAUUUAAAAAGGGAAAACAUCCAAAGUUCAGUAGAUCAUUUACCACCCUGUCAAAAUGUGUUGAAAAGCCUCUCAGCGGGUAAAGACGCCACUUUGAAACAUGUUGUCUUGUCUCCUCUAUUACUCGCUGUAUUUCUUCUUUGUAUUCUUGUGCAUAUGUGUAAUCACACCUUCUGUCUUUAUUUGUUUUCGUGAUGUAGAAUGUAGAGUGUAGGACUGUAUUUGAAUCAAUGCCAGACUCACAUUUGCUUUUUGUUUGUGUCUUUGUCCUGUUUAUGUGUAACCAGCUAUGUACCAUCAGUAUCAUUAUGCUGAAUAGGAAGCAGGCUCCUUGAUUUCUCCACAGAAUCUGCAUUUUGCUGAGCGUAAAGAAUGCCGGCCUUUAUGUUUACAACAUGGACAUACCGUAUACUGCCAAACAUGCAGGACCGUACCAAACUUCCCCUCUUGAGCGCUUAGUCCUCCACCUCUCAUCCCUGAUGCAACUGUAUUCUCAAGACUCUCUUUUCUUUUUUUCACCUCUUUCUCUUCUCCGUCAGUUUUUGAAGCGUCGGAGGACAGUCAGGUUGUGUCCUCUAGCUGUGUUUCUUCGUGUCUAGUGUCGUGGUGCGCGUGUUCAUGUCAGUACUUGUGCCUACUGUGGAUCGCAUGCUUUAGCCCUUGACUGGACACAAACGUUGCUCACAAACUCCUCUUGACCCUUCUGUGGAAAAACGUUGGGGAUCCUUAUAAAGUUAUCAAGGGAACCAAAUAACUUAUUACAAAUUUAUCAUAUGUGUUACCAGUUCUGUAAAAAACAAAUAGGAAAUAAAGGCCUUUUAAUUACCA